UUGCCCCAUGCUGAAGAUGCUCACACUCGCCCUCCCAUUGGCGUCAGACGCUAGUGUGUUUUUGGAUAAGCUUGUUUAACAUAAGAGAAUGUUAAAUAGGUUGUGUUUUACCCCGGACUAGUAAGGCAUAAAGCUCUUAUUUCCAAAAGAACUCGUUGAGAUAAGGUGAAGGGUACUCUUGUCAAUUCAUCAUAUCUGCAACGGUCUUCAUCCAUUCCCUCCAACAAGCCCCGAUAUGAAACCGCAAAACUAAUCUCUCCUGUCAUUUUGUUUUCUCUAAGCAAAAAGAAAAGCUCUCUGUGUGCUCUCCUCAUAAACAAAGCCUCUGAUCAUCUUCCCCUGCGUGUGUUCUGAAAAAAGUUUCUUCAUUGUUUCAGAGAUGGCGUCUUCUUGCCCGCGUUGGUGGUAUGCUACAUUGUACUUGGCUAUCUCUGUAAUUCUCGCCAUUGUUGUAAUCUCUACGUCAUUUCACUCCAAACCCAAGACCCAACUCCUAUUAUCUCCGAAACCAGACUCUCGCAACAUUCACGGACCAUCUAUGGGUUUGUACGCUUCUCGAGCUCUACGGAGAUCUGGGUUCAAGGUUAUGGCUACCCUUCUUGAGAUCUCUCCCUUAAUAUCCUUCCCAUCUUCAGAAUUAACCAUAUUCGCCGUCCAAGAUCCACCCAUCUCUAACAUUUCUCUCCCUCCAUUGCUGACCAGAGAUCUCCUCCGUUACCACAUUUCUCCUUCCAAGCUUUUCAUGGAAGAUCUUCUCAAGAAACCUCAAGGUAGCUGUGUCUCGACUCUUCUUCCUGGAAAGCAACUUGCAAUCACUAAGGUGAAUGCUGCAGAAGGAAAGAUUGAAAUUAAUCGGGUCUUGAUCACUCAUCCGGAUGUCUUCGUCGAAGGUCCCCUGUCAAUUCAUGGAGUUCUUGGGCCCUUCGUUCAGUUUACUCCAGAGGAUAUUGAGAUGGAAAGGAGUCCAAUUGAUUCAAAUAAUUGCAAUUUCAAUUCGAGUCUGGUUGCGAAUGUAAAUGGAGCCACAAAAGGGGUGCCUUGGGCUCGAAUUAUUAGAUCGCUCGGCUCCAAUGGGUUUGUUUCUUUUGCAAUCGGACUUCAAUCAGUUCUUGAAUAUGGGUUUCUUCAAGAGUACAGUGAUUUGAGCUCUGUGACACUCUUCGCUCCGCCGGAAUUGAUUUAUUUGUCAUCACCAUUGCCGUUGCUGGAAAGGAUUGUGAAGUUUCAUAUCUCACCUCAGCUAUUCAGGUAUGGAGAAUUGGCUUCUCUACCUGAGAAAGCGUCCCUGAUGACUCUGGUUCCUGGUCAAGAUCUUGAAAUUACAAAAGGGUUUGAUUUCAGAGGGACUGUGGCCAUUAACAAUGUGGAAAUCACUGUGCCAGACAUUGUCUCGUCAAAUGGGUUUGUAAUCCAUGGGAUUUCUCGAGCUUUUGAGAUCAUGAAGCUGUCGACCACUUCCAGUUAGAUCAGUUUCAGGCUUUAUGCUAAUCAACUUAGCUUAGCCUUACGAGUUCUGGGAAUUGAGAAUACUCUCUCUCUCUCUCUCUCUAAACCCUUUUACAGGGGAGGAAGAAAUUUGUAUAGUUGUUGCUUGUUAGCAAUGAUACAUUCCAGUUUGAAGAACGAAAUCUGUUUCGAGUGUAAGCUCUGAAGUUUUGAUUUUUUUCCGAUUCCAUAUUUGUUUCAUCACAGAAGAAUCUGAUGAUCCUUUGUACUGUUCCAUGAAAUGGUAUCUGUAAUUAACACAAGCAUCCUUCAAAUCCUCUUCCCAA